AUGUCUUUAAAAGAUCUUCUUCCUUCAACAACACGAAGAUACAAAUAUGUGGGAAUAAAGCAAUGUAUUAUGAUUAUGUGUGAAGAGAUAUAUCGAUAUGAUCGUGAGGAACGUGGAGGCUCACCCAAGCCUCAUUUUAUCAUAGAAUGUGUUGAUGAACGCUCCUUCCUUGAGUGCUUUGUGAAUUCCGAAGAGAAAGUCCUCACGCUGUCAUGGGAGACUUACGACCAUGUUUCUCAGUUCGUUAUUUUAGAAGUCGGGUCACUUAUCCACGAAAAUGCGAAAGACCGGUUUGAUAUGAUUUUCUUUAGUUGGGCCAAAAGCUUCAGAGAUACUGCAAGCGCCGAAGAUGCCUUCAUAGUGCCUACAAACAGACGGCAUGUCCGCGGAGAGACGAUGAGCAACAAAGGAGACAUUUCCUGGAUGCCUAUCGGUCGGGAACGCGCAAACGUCGAGUGGCCAACUUUGGUUGGCGAAGUAGCGUGGUCUGAGCCACGACAAAAACUCCUGAAAGAUAUCGAAUUCUGGCUCAAAAAUUCCAACGGUCAAGUCAAGGUCGCGAUCACAAUCACCGUCCAUGUGAAUGGCCGAAUUACCAUCGAACAAUGGACAACGAAGCUAAGGCCUGACGGGAGCAUGAACCUUCAGACUACUCAAAAGAUGGAGAUCGUGCGCAACCCAGCGCCAAAUUGCCCCAGGAUCAGUGGCCAGUUUAAGCUGCAAUUUUGUGACAUUUUUCUUCGCGAGAAAAAGGGCGCGAAGACUGAUUUUGUUCUCACCGAAAGCGACUUGGAAGAUAUUGCGGGUGUUGUAUGGGCUAACCAGUUCCUGGGCAAUAGUGCCUACAGGCGCAGCGGCACAUUUAGCCACGGAGAAUAUGGAGUAACAGAAGGAUGA